AUUGACUCUCUUUCAUACAUCGGUUGUGCAGAUGCAACUUCAAAAGCUUUGAGAGCUGGAACAAACAAACGUCAAGGAGUCCUCACAGUCGUAAAUCCUACAUAUCACGAUGACAUCUAUGGGGGGCACCUGAACGUCGGAUACCAACCAUUCAACAUCCAUAAUCCAGAAUUCUUAUUCGAUCUUCAAUUUGAUGGAAGACCCACGGACCUUGCAUUGGUUGCCGUGCUCCAUCGGUUAUACUGGGGUGGCCAAAGUUGGCGCAUACUUUUUGCCAGCCCCAACAGGUGCAUCUGUGGACGGAAAGGCGAUCCAAGAGGCGUACUUUAGGGGACGGCAGCUGAAAGGGACAAGAUUAGAGCUGCCAAGUGGGUUCAGCGGGCAAAUCUUGAGGCGCACUGCUGAACAGCAGGCAGACCCAAGCACCCAUGCCCAAUGGUCGUCAGACAUGGCUUUCAAGGACUUUGUCUAUUGGAAACAUGGCCUGGAUCCCAUACGCACGGACGGUGCACAGCGUCGCCUUGACUUUCUCACAAUCUCGGGACAGCUGCAUGCGCCCGUGACCGCAGAGGACAUUCAGCAGGAAUUGGAGAAUCCGACUUUUCAGAAGACAGGAUAAGGACAAUUACGGCCCACAGGUUGCUACACAUGUGAACAGAGUCAAUUUUGGGAACACUGACUGUUGUUGCAUGGCCAAGCCACGCUUGCACCUGUUGAUCUUGCUGGUGAAAUGUUGAUCCUGCACAGCUGCAGCAUGCUGUUGACCAAACAAUGUACUGUGUCAUUGAACAUUAUUACCUUCUUACGGCCUUUCUAUCAUUUGCUAUUUGUAAGUAUCUGCUCAAUUUGUUGCGUUGCUAAAUGAUCUGCCAGUCAAGAAUGUUUCAAUACUCUCAAGCCUUAUGCCUUCAGGCACCAACAUGCCCAGCUAUAUAUCAAGAUCGGGUGCAAAGCUUCUUCAGAUUAUCUCUCUCGGUCCUGGUUGACUCCAGCUCACUGCGGAGCGUCCACAUGCGCUGCUUCAGAGACGCCACUGCAUCAGUCUGUCCCGUUCCCAAAGACCCCAACGACAUCUUGAAGCCCUUGCGCUCCUUUUCCAACUUAUGCUCUGCUUCCUCCCUCGCACGAAUUGCAGCAACCAAGUCCCUCUGCAGCUCUGCUACCUGUUUCUCGUGCUGUGUGCGCAUCUGGUCCAUAGUGGCUUUGCUCUCCUUCUUCUCGAUGCUGAGCCCCUGCUGCAACCUGCCUAUCUGGUCCUCAGCAGCUUUUUUGGUUGCAGUCAUGUCCCGUUCACUCUGAAGCGCCUUUGCAUGCAGUUCAUGCGAAUUCUGCAGCUGGAGGCUUUAUGAGGAUGAUGUCCAAGGUCGAAACUAUGUUCGAAUCUAAAACUACAUUGAUGAGCCUGUUCAAUCCUUACCCUUCUCUUACAAUGAGGAAGAUUUUUACAGAGUAAUGCACAGGAUCAUCG